CCUCCAUGCCGCCCGCGCUCUCCCUCAAGCAGCGGCUCGCGGCGUUGUCGCUGGCACCCUCGGCGCCGUCGUCGCCGUCCCCCUACUACCCCUCAGCGGAUUCGCCGACGCCAACGUCGCCGCGCCGCAAGUCCAUGUUCCAUCCCCCAUGGUUGCGGCGCAACGAGGACGGGCCAGUGCCGGCGCCGCAGUCACAGCACGAGAAGGUGCAGGAGGUCAUGAACAGGAUGAUAUUCCAGGCGGGCGUUGACUAUGAGACGCGGCCGAUGGUGGUGAUGUGCGCCUCUGCGCUGCCUGACCCGAAGGAGGUCAACUACGACGUCCUCUUGACGAGGAUACUCGCGUACUUGAAUCUCUACGUGGAGUCCGACUACACCGUCGUCUUCUUUGCCGCGGGCGGCAGGCAUACGCCCGGCUGGAACUGGGUAUGGAAGGCGUACCGCAGUCUCAGUCGCAAGUACCGCAAGAAUCUGAAGCGCUUGUACAUCGUGCACUCGACGUUCUUCUCCAAGAUGCUCUUCUCGCUCGCGGGAGCCAUUAUCAGCGCCAAGUUCUUCCGCAAGAUAGAAUACAUCAGUACCCUGUCCGAGCUUGCAUACCAUGUGCCUUUGACACAGAUCGAUAUCCCACCCGCGGUGUAUCAGGAGAACGCUCAGUACGAGCGCGAGAUUGUUCUGCCAAUGCCUGUUCGCUCGAGUGUGUUCGGUGUACCACUUGAGGAACUCAUGGGCUAUGACGGCGAGAAGGGUGGCAUACCAAGGGUAGUAAAGGACUGCAUACAAUUCCUUCGAGAGACGGGCUUGCACGACGAGGGACUCUUCAGACGCUCGCCGCAAACUACCUUAUUGCGCGCAGCCCAAGCGGCCUACGACCGAGGCCAAACCGUCUCCCUCGAGACCUUCGGCGACCCCCACCUUGCCGCGGUCCUCCUCAAGAAGUACUUCCGCGACCUUCCCGAACCCAUCUUCCCCGAUACCACCUACCCCAUCAUUCGCAAGUGCCCCGUGCCAACGAGCGAUCCGGCCGACAUGUCUGCUGUCCUCUAUAUUCGGGAGAAUAUCCUGCCUGAGCUGAUGCCGUGCGCAUAUAUUUUGCUGUCGCAUGUUCUUCACCUCAUGCACGAGGUAUCACUCAUGUCGGCGAGCAAUCGCAUGGACGCGCACAACCUUGCCAUCGUCCUCUGCCCCAAUCUGGUGUCCUCGAAGGCCCCCAUGCGUGACGUGAUGAUGUGCUCGAUACCCAACGGACCCUCGCCCUUCGACAUGCCGUCGAGCUCGUCGCCCAAUCCGAGCUCCCCCUCGACCCCCUCGGAAGGCUGCGCGACCCUCGGCAUGGUCAUCAAGCUCUGCAUCCAGCGCUACUAUGAGAUCUUCGACGAGGUGCGCGACCGGAGCGAGGCGAUCGCACCCACGACGGACACGGCCGUCGUCUCCUCGUCUGCGUCGACAGCGUCGGGCGCCAGCCAGGGGUGGAAUCAGGGCUCAAGGUGGCAUCAGAGCGGGCAGCUGUACACGCAGAGCCCGCAGUGGAACCAGCAGAGCCCAGGGUGGAAUCAGACUGCGAAUCCCAACUGGGCGCCGCACACCAGCCAGUCGUACGCUCAGUCCCCAGGCCAACAACAAGCCUGGGACCGCUCGCCCAGCCAGCCGUGGAUGCGGCCGUUAGCAAGCCCUGCGAGUGGCACCUUCCGCAUUGCGGACGAGGACGAGGAGGACAGCAUCGAUGAUAUCGCCGUCGACGGCGGCCUUCCAUCUCACGGCCGGAAGCAUUCAGUCCAGCGCCCUAUGAACGGCCACGGCCCGCCCAGCGCCUUCCGCCCACGCCAUCGUACCACGCAGUCCGGCAUGUCGUCGCAAUCUGGUGUGUCCAACCGGUCAGGCCUUUCACAGUCGGGCUCGGGCGCGUCCCUCAGGUCCGCGCCUGCACCAGGAGGCCGCUCACCGCAGCACGGCGACUUUGGCACGGUCGGGCGCGCACGUUCGACGAUCAGCAUCGACCACGGUGGCUUCGGCACGAUUGGCGCGGGCGGGAAGAAGGGGUCGAUCUCGGUGGGGCGGGGGACGACGAGGAAGGCGGCGGGCGCGGGAGUGGAGGCGAUUGGGAUCACUGCGGCGGGGUUCUUCACGCCUCCGAGUGAGGUCGUUGCGCCUUCGGCUGAGGCGGAGGCGUCGGUCGGGGCUGUAGGGCCGUCGACGGUGACGGAGGAGUCUUCGGCGCCAUCUUCGUCGACGCCCAGGGCUUCGUCCGAAGGCGAACCGUCUGCGCCGUAGUUCUUAUGAUCUGUUUUGUAUCGAUUUCUCUUGUCUAAUCCUAUGCGACGCUAUGAUACCCCCAUACUCUGCGUUGG